AUGUCCUUCUCCAGCCAGCAGCUCAGCUCCCGCUGCUCCCCACCCUGCGAGAUGGCCUGCCCGCCGCCCAUCGCCAACGCCUGGAGCCAGCCCUGCGUCACCUCCUGCGGGGACUCCCGUGCCGUGGUCUACCCACCACCCGUGGUCAUCACCUUCCCGGGCCCCAUCCUCAGCUCCUGCCCUCAGGAGAGCUUCGUGGGCACCUCGUCUCCACUGGGGCUGGGCCGCCCCAGGGGCCUGCAGGGCUCCCUUGUCUACGGGGCCUCCUUGUCCUCCUCCUCCUCCUCCAGCCAGCUCUGGAGCCAGCGCUAUGGGGGCUGUGGGCCAUGUUAA